AUGUUGCUGCAGCUGCAGCAGCAGCAACAGCAGCAGCAGCAAACCAACAGAUCGCAGCACUCUAGCACCACAUUCGCACAGGUACAGCAGCAGCAGCAGGAGCGGCAGCAGCAGCAGCAGCAGCAAGACACACGCAGAUCGCCACAGCCCCAGACGCUGCAGCAGCAUCAGCAGCAGCAACAGCAGCGACAGCACCGGCGGGAUCGUAGUCACAGCAGCAGACGCAGCAGCACCAACUGCAGUGGCCGAAGCAAAAGCCACAGCGACUGCAGCGAAAGCGGAAGCAGCAGCAGCAGCAGCAGCAGCAGCAGCAGUAAUCGCUUCGCCAGCCGUAGCUGCGUGCUAAGCAGCAGCAACUGCAGUCCAAGUAGCAGCAGCAGCAACAGCAGUAGCAGCAGCAGCAGCAGCAGUAGCGAGUGCAGCAGCAGCAGAAUCAUGCCUCAACCCCAGCUGCUAGGCGACAGCUUCCUGCGGCCUCUUGCAGAGCAGCUGCUGCUGCGUCAGCAGCAGCUGCUGCUUGAGGAGGAACGCGACAGCAGCAGCAUGGGGGAGGCCCUCCUGAACAGCCGCUCACGCCCCCAACACGAUAACAAGGGUUACAGCGUGCAGCAGCAGCAGCAGCUGCUGCAGCAGCAGCAGCAACAACAGCUGCAGCAGCAACGUUUGCUGCUGCAGCAGCAGCUGCACAAUCUCGAGCGCAGCCAAGAUGUGCUGCUCUACGGGCAGCAGCAAGAGGCGCAGCAGCAGCAGCGUCACCGGGACUUUCAGCAGCAGCAGCUGCAGCAUCUACAACACCAGCAGCAGCUGCAGCACGUGCAACAGCUUCAGCAGCAACAGCAACUCCAACACUUGCAGCAGCAGCAGCAGCAAGAUGUGGCUCCGCGAACAGCAGCUGCGCGCUGGCGCUCUGUAGACGCAGCGGCGGCUGCACCCGUGCAGCAGCCAAUGCAUAGCAGCAGCAGCAGCAGCAGCAGCAGCAGGGACAUCUAUGGAGGGUAUGGAAGGGUAGACCCUUCUCUUGUCUCCUCUCCGAGUGCGCGCUGCGGGUGGGAAGCAGCAGCCCCAGCAGCAGCUGCUGCACGCCCAGCAGCAGCAGCAGCAGCAGCAGCAGAGCCUUUCAGGAUCAGUGCUCUUCAACAGCAGCAAGAGCCGCUGCUGCCUCCAUCGUCUGCUGCCACUCCUUGGACGCGCCGGACUGCAGCAGCAGCAGCAGCAGGCCCAGCAGCAGCAGCAACAGGCCCAGCAGCAGCAGCAGCAGGACCAGCAGCAGUAGCAGCAGCAGGAGGGGAGUCAGGCUUGCUGCCUUCGGGGCUCUCUGUGGGGGCAGAGCGGCUGCUAGAAGACCUGUCUCUAAACAGCAGCGCCUGGGCUUUGUGGAGACAAUCUCUUGGCUGGCAGUUAGGCCUCAGCAGCAACAGCGCGCAGAUAGCUGAACAGAUACUCCGACGUAAGCAGCACACGCAGCAGCAGCAGCAACAGCAGCAGCAACAGCAACAGAAACAGCGGCAGCAGGAGGAGCAGGAGCAACAGUUGGCGGAAGAUAGCCGGCAGAUGCAGCGCCUGCAGCAGCAAGAAGAAUCGCUCCAGCAACAGCAGCAACAACAGCAGCAGCAGCAACAGCAACAGCAGCAGAUGGGGUCUCUUUCGUUUAAAGGGGAGUUGCAGCAACUAAGUCAUGAGGAGCUGCAGCAGAAAGUAGAGGAGGCCAGACGUCUCUUCAUGGAUCUGUCUCCCCCGAGGCAGGCAUCGUCUGCUGCUGCUGCUGCUGCUGCAGCUGCUGCGACUGGUGCUGCUGCAGGUGCAGCAGCUGGCGCUGCAGCAGUGGCUGAUGGGCAGAGCGUUGGGGGCUCAGGAGAGGAGCAGGAGUCUGCAUCUGUUGCUGCUGCAGCUGCAGCAGCAGCAGCAGCAGCAGCAGCAGCUGCUGCUGCUGCUGCUGCCCUCGGAAGAGACCGGAGGACAGACGAAGAGGGGACGUGGGCCGACGUAGAGUUGGCCUUGCCCCCAGUACUUGGCCUGCCUGUGCAGCAGCAGCUGCUGGAGGUGGGCAGCAGCAGUCCGCCUCCUUUGGGGGCCCCACACCUGCGGAGGGCCCACCAACGCCUGGGGGCCCCCAGGAGAUAUCUACGCCACAACCGCAGCCCUUCUAAACAAACAGAGGACACCGAAGUCUUCGUGAAGCCCCGCCGCAGCCGCCCUCCCAUGUGGGGUGCGGCCUCCUGGAGAAGCAGCAGCAGCAGCAGCAGCGCCGCUGCAGCAGCAGCCGCAGCAGCCGCAGCAGAAGCUUUCCCUUCUGUUCGGAGGGGCGGAAGAGACGCAGCAGCAGCAGCAGCUGCUGCUGCUGCUGCUGCUGUAGUGGUAACAAGAGGGAUGAAUGAGGAGGAACAGCUGCACAGGGAAGCUGCUGCUGCUCCUGCUUCUGCUGCUGCUGUUCCUGUGCUUCCUCAGCCCCGCAGCAGACGGUCGCGUUUGCUGCCGCAUGCAGGCAGGCAGAUGGAGACAGCUGGGGGCCCCCCGGAAGCAAACGGCUUCUUAAUGGGGGCCCCCAGGCCUUCCUUACCCUCACUGGCGAUGCCCUUCCGCUCUUCAGCCCCCGCAGACACCUCAUCCGACUGGCAGCGCAUGCAGCAGCAGCAGCAGCAGCAGGACCGUAUGCGCCAGCAGCGCUUGCAGCAUCAGCAGCAGCAGCAGACGGAGACCGAUGAAAGCCCUGAGAGUGACGCGUACGACGCGCCUGGAGCUCCACACAGAGGGGAGGAGCAGCGACACCAGCAGCAGCAGCAGCAGCGACGGCAGCAGCAGCAGCAGCAGGUGGCUGUGUAUGAGGAGACAGCUGCAGACUCUUCGGAGAUGAGUCCGCGUUCAGGAAGCCCAGCGGAGACAGACAAAUCUUCAUACCAGAGGAUUGCUGCUUAUAGUGAAGGCUACAGUGCGCCUUCCCCAGCAGCAUCAGCAGCAGCAGCAGCAGCAGCAGCGCCUGCUGCUGCUCCUGCUGCUGCCGCUGGCGAGGGGAGCCGUCUACAGCAAAGUGCCGACGAUGGAGACAGAACGAAUGAAGCCUUUGCUGCUGGAGGCCCCAAACGCGCCUCUGUUCCCGCAGCCCCAGAUAGCAGCAGCAGCAGCAGCAGCAGCAGCAGCAGCAGCAACAUGCCUCAAGAGGGAAUGGGGAGAGGUUCUGUAUCAGCCUCGGUGAAUCUGUUAGAAAAUCCAGGAGGUGCUGAAGCAGCGACAGCGCCACAGGAAGAUGGCUAUCUGCCUGCUGCUGCAGCAGCAAGUGACUGGGCGGACGCAGCAGCAACAGCAGCAGACGCAGCAGCAGGAGCAGAAGGAGCAGCAGCAGGAGCAGCAGAGGCAGCUGAGUAUUCAGAUGCGUGGAGAGACGGAGGGGACAGCCAUCAGUUUGAUGUCCCCGAGGAGCCCUGGCUGUCGGACGGCGAGGCGGCACCGGAUCAGCAGCAGCAGCAGCAGCAGCAGGAAGAGGAGCAGCAGCAGCAGCAGGAGCAGCAACAGGAGAAGUUGGGAGAAAGGAGGAGGGGCCUAACAGCAGAUGCAGCAGUCUCUACAACUCCAGACAAGCGUCUCCUUCCAGAGACAGAAGCACUUGUUGCUGUCUCUUCAGGAGUUGCUGCUGCCUCCCCAGCAGCAGCAACAGCAGCAGCAGGAGCAACAGAAGGUGCAGCAGGAUCCGGCGACGCUGCAGCAGCGUUGGCUGCUGCUGCAGCAGCAGAAACACCUCGCGCUUCACCUGCAAUGGCACUACCGGCAGCAGGAGCAGCAGCAGCAGGAGCAGCAGCAGGGGUGUCUCCUGUCCGGAGUGUACAGAGGGGGAUCCAGACGUCUCCCGAGCAGAAGCGUAGGCCGAGGGCUUUAAGAGGAGGGAGACGAGGAGAGCGGCGUCGUGGGGUGUCUCUGCAGCUCGAUAGUUACUGCCCCCCUCCAAGUGUCUGUACACCUGAAAGGAGAUACCCUCAACGAACCCGUCUGAAGCCUUUGCUAGCUUGGAUGGGGGAGCGAGUAGAUUAUAAUUAUUUCGGCAUGGUAGAUGUUGUUCGGUGCAGCAAUAUUGUAGAUUUAUAUUUAACAACAGGAGAUGUAGGGGCUCUCCCUGAUGUCUGUCUUGCUGCAGAAGACCCCAAGAAGCUUCUUAAAAAAAUCGUUAAACAGCAGCAAAUGGUGCUGCCACAAACUACUCAGGCUAUAGAGGACCAGCAGCAGCAGCAGCAGCAGCAGCAGCAGCAGCAGCAGCGGCAAAGGACACAGCAACACACGCGUCACAACCGCAAGACAGCAGCAGCUUCUAGUAGAAAGAGAAGAAGCAGUGGGGCCUCCUCCUUGGGAUCGCCUAGAGGAGACGAUCCCAGGCAUAGCUCAGUGCAGGGGGGCCCCCAAGGAGACAGCAGCAGAAGAGAAGGGAGUUUGCAUUUAAAAGGAGACAGAAAGAGACUCCGGACAAGCAGCAGCAUGAAAGAUAAACAAACAAAACACAAAGAUAAACAAAAAAGAAAACAUAAACUCACAGCAGCAGAAGAUAAUACACCACGAGACAUACAACCUACAGCAGAGAGCAGCAGCAACAGCAGCAGCAGAACAGGCAGCAGCAGAAACAGGAACAGCAGCAGCAGCAACACCAGCAAUUUGAAGAGGCCAUCGUUUGCUGCAGAAGAUAGCGGCAAUUCCCCCUCGCGGAUGUCUCCUGCUGCUGCUGCUGCUGCUGCUGCCGACUUGAGCGGAGACGACAGCGGGGGCGUCUCUACUCCUGAGGAGACACCAGGGGCUUCCGAUGCAAAUGGCAAGAUAUUCAUCAGGAGGGAAGACGCAGCAUGGAGGGCAAUUGGGCCUGGGGACGCCAUGCAGCUCGCCGUUAUUCGCCAAGGCCGUCGUGUGGUGUCUUGCAAACUCCGGCUGAAGGCAGGCUUUGUUAAGGGCCCAGACAACGCUCAGAAGAAAGAAAUCUUUGGGGUUGUCUUAUCUGGAGGCCCUCUGGUGCUGAGUGCCCACGGAGAAGAUUUUGAAUUGCUGCGGGGCGCAUUCUUUCAAGUCGCUCCCCAUGAGACAUGGAGCCUUAGAAACGACCAGCAGGACGGCGGGUACGCGGAGAUAUAUCUUGCUUGCAUAUUGCUCGAUGCUUCUACAGAUUAA